AGAGGAAAAAGGAAAUAUUACCAAAAAUUUAAGGUAAAUAAUCGUUAUCAACAUCAUCAUUUUGAUGAUGAUUAACAUCAUUUAAAAAGUUUGUUACACAGUCAUCAUUAUUUUUUUUUGUUGGCUAAAAGUUAAUGAAUAUAAACAGCUAGCAGUACAGAAAUAACAAAAAACAACAAAAUCUUUUUCACAGUUGGCUAAAAGUAAAACCAAAAACAAAAAAAAAUCUAUAAAUUUUUAUUAUUAAUGUGUUUCUAAAUAUUUUCUUCGUGUGUCUUCAAUUUCUCCAUGCUACUAAACGGGCGAGUUGCUAUCUAAAUGUUUCUAGCUUAUGUGUCGGUGCUUGUGUUUUAUUUAUAACCAAAAAAAAAGUUUAUGAAAUUAAAAAUACAUUAUUUCAAGCUAUAACAUAUUGUUGUGGUGGUUAUUAUUGAAAGUCGAGAAAAAAAGUUAUAAAACGAAGAAAGAAAACAAAAGAAACAAAUAAUAAGAAAAAAAAUCAAAAAAGAAAAACCUACUAACAGCCUUUAUAAGUAACAAAUGUGUAAAAUAUUCAUAUUGAAAGUGUGCCGUAAAUAUUGAACAAAUCAUUGUUAUGUUAAUAAAUUCAAUGAAAAUAUAAUUUAUUGUCUGCUGUUGCCAGUCUUUCUAUUCAUGCUAAAGUGCAGACAAGGAUUUUUGUUCAAAAGUACGAAAAGGAAUUUUUGCUGAAUAUUAAUAAAGGCGAAACAAAAGGAUACAUUUAUGCCGCCAACAAAAAAAGUGACAGUCAAAUAGCAAAGAAAAAGAAAAUAAAAAAUAAAGCAACAAAAAAAGGAGAAGAAAAAAACAAAACAAAGCAGAUAUAAAAGAUUGUGCUUUAAUUUACUCAUGCAACGUAUAGAUUUAAACAACAAAUUAACACCACAAAAUGCAUAUUGUUGCAGUACCUGUUUUGGGUAUAAUAUUCACAAUUUUUUUAAAAUGUGUUGAAGCAAAUCUAGCACUAGACUUUAAAGUAACAAAGAUAUCCGCCAAUCAUAAACCCGCAAACUGUAAUGUUGCCAAUACAACGUAUGCACAUGGAGAGACAUUUAAAUUGGAUUGUAAAACACAAUGUGUUUGUGAGAAUGGCCGACAUGCCUGCUCCUCAUUGUGUCCGAAAGAACAACUUCCGGCACCGGAGGAUACAAUUUCAUGCCGAAGCCCACGUUUGGUAGAAGUGCCGGGGCAUUGUUGUAAAAUGUGGUUGUGUGAGAAUCCAACAGCUGAUGUUUAUGCCACCUGUCACAAUUCAUCAACCAGCCCGUGGACACCAUGCAGUCGAAUGUGCGGCCUUGGAAUAUCAACGCGUUUUACCACAACAACAGCAGGCUGUAAUCAAUUAAGCAAUUUGCGAUUAUGUGAAAAUCGCAAAUGCGAAAUACAACAACAACAUCCAGACAAUACUCAGAUACAAGAGGAAAUAAAAACUAAAGAAAAGCUAAAUAAUUUAAUGAAAACAAAACAGCUGAAACAUAAAUUAAGAACCAGACAGCAAAGACAUCAUGAUAUCAAACAUCAACAACAACAGCAUCAAGUGCAACAGGAGCUGGAGCACACCGAACAUGAACACAGAAUAAGAAAGGGCCAUGAAUGCCGCAGUAUACAGCGUUUGGGACCAGCUCGUAUACGCCUUGGAGAAUGUGUCUCAAAGAAACUAUAUCGUCCAAAAAUAUGUGGACGUUGUCAUCAAACUACAAAAUGUUGUGUGCCUUCAGUAUCAACCACAAUACAGGUGGGUUGAAUUUUCUUUAACUAUUUAUAACAA